ACACUGCCGUCGUCUCUCUCCUUUUUCAUCGAACGUGCAUGUAAUGGCUUGAGAGUUCGGAUUUUCUCUUUGAUUUGUUGUGUAGUACUUUCGAUCCUUUCAUAGCGUUACGCGUUUUUCAAGAUGCCUAUUCCGACUCAAGCUAAAAUUGUUAAAAAGGGCAGUGCUGGCCCUGAUCAAUUCGAGUUAUCCAUUGCCCAAGCUCUUUUGGAAUUGGAAAACAAUAGUGACUUGAAAGCCCAACUCCGCGAAUUGUACAUUACAAAAGCUAAGGAAAUUGAACUCUUAGGCAAAAAGAGUAUAAUUAUUUAUGUGCCAAUGCCACAAAGAUCACAAUUCCAAAAAAUUCAAGCUCGUCUUGUUAGAGAAUUGGAAAAGAAAUUCAGUGGUAAGCAUGUUGUUUUCAUUGGUGACCGGAAAAUUUUGCCUAAGCCAACAAGGAAAACCCGCACCCAAAACAAACAAAAACGCCCCAGAAGCCGUACAUUAACGUGGGUCUAUGAUGCUAUUUUGGAUGAUUUGGUGUUCCCUGCUGAAAUUGUUGGCAAACGUAUUCGUGUGAAGUUAGAUGGUAAACAAGUCAUGAAAGUACAUUUGGACAAAACUCAGCAAACAAACAUUGAACAUAAGGUGGAUACUUUUGCUUCUGUGUACAGAAAGCUGACUGGUAGGGAAGUGACUUUCGAAUUUCCUGAACCAUAUUUAUAAAUCCUUAUUUUUAUCUAAUAAAAACAUGAUUUUAUGACUUAAUA